UCAGAAACAUUUAAUUUUAAUUGUACCAAUAAAUAGUAAGCAACAGCAGAUAAAAUUAAUUUCUUUUAUUCAUUUUCUAUCAUUUGAUGUUAGGUUAGGUUGUACACCUUUUAACCGGUAUCCCCCGAAUUAUUUGUGAAUUAAAUUACAAUGUCAAUAUUUAAACAAGUUUUAUAUUUUAGUGUUUGUUUAAAUUUGUUGGUGUUUUUCGGUCCUUCGUCUGGUUCAACAGUUGAUGACUUGGUUAGACAGUGGGCACCUCUAGUGCGGCUGUCGCGAGGUGAAAAAUUCUUGCCGUCCAAUGUAGAAACAUUUUUAAACAACGUUUAUGUCGCCGAUGAUAAAGGAAAACCAGUUUUUCCAAAACUAGAUAGAAACGUAUCCCAAUUUAGAACAAAAGAUUGGAGUUUGGUCACAUUUGAUUCGAUAGAAAAACUAUUGAAUAAAACAGAUUCUUUCCUGUACGGCAAAAAUCCCACCGAAAAUUCAGUGUCAAUUUACGCCUUAGUAACACAGUGCAAUACAUCUGCAAAAACACCCGAAAAUGACGUGGAGGAAAACGGGGAAAAUUUAUAUUUCCACGUUAGUUAUUGGAUUUUCUAUCCGUACAAUGAAGGAAAAAAGGUUUGUGUAAUCGGUGGUGUUCCCACGUUGCAGGUUUUUAACACUUGUUUAGGUAGUUUGAAAACGUUAGGAAAUCAUGUGGGCGAUUGGGAACACAUGAGUCUAUCGUUUGUUGGAAAAAAUGUCCCACAAUCACUUUAUUUGGCUGUGCAUGAUACGGGUGCCUAUUACACUUAUAACGAACAAAAUAGGUAUUUUCAAUUUGACCAUCCAGCAAAAAGAAAGGCUGUUGCUCAAAUACCAAAAUUUCCACCGAUCCUGUACAAUCAAGGCGACCACCCUGUAAUAUUCUCUGCAAACGGUUCCCACGGAAUGUGGGCUAUUCCUGGAGAAAAUCAAUUCAAUAAAGUUCCUAAACUAUCAGAUACAACUGGCUACGGAGUCCCAUGGAAGACUUGGAAUAACGUCAAAAUCUACCAUCUAGGGUUGGACCCAUUGCCUUAUUGGAUGAGCUUUAGAGGAAAGUGGGGCAAUCCCAAAACAAAUUGCUUAUUGUUCAAAAAAUUGGGAAUUUGCGAAUAUUCCGAUGGACCUGAAGGCAUUAUUCGACAAACUCAAGAUUUUUAUUGUUUAUGAUGGAGUUAAAAUGUUAUUUGAGAUUUUAUUUAAUAAAAUUAGGUAGUUUAUUAAACUAAUUUUGUGUGGAUACCAUAAAUAUUGGAAACCCUCGUAGUUUUUUCUCUAUAAAUUUCUGUAGGUAUAUUUUUUGAAAACUAUUCACCUACUUUUCAACUGACGGCAUAUCAAUAUACAAUG